CAAACAUAGUCUGCCAAUCUGUCACCAUGACUGCUCUUUGUAUUUAACCUCAUCUAAUUCUCUCACUCCCCCCCUUACCCAAUCUCUCCGCCCAAAUCCCAAUUCCCUUUUCUCUCUCUACUCUCAGCCGCAGGAUUGAUCGUCAUCAUACAAAUUCCGGCCACCGGGUUUCUCUCUCUGUCUCUCUCUUUGAUUAUUUGCUGUUGUUCCGGGCAUGGACCGCCGUGUUCGUACAAACCCAUUUGUCUCAGAGCAAGAAGAUCCAGAAGCCACGUCGGACGACGGCCUACCGGAGUCACCCUCCGACGACAAUGAUUCAAAACCCGCCGCCGGCCCCCCUCCCAAAAAGAGUAGAAGGGGAGUUCAGAAGAGAGUAGUGUCCGUACCAAUCGGCGACGUGGAGGGAUCUAAGAGCAAAGGGGAAGCAUAUCCACCGUCCGAUUCAUGGGCAUGGAGGAAAUACGGCCAAAAGCCAAUCAAAGGCUCUCCUUAUCCCAGGGGAUAUUAUCGAUGUAGUAGCUCCAAGGGCUGCCCAGCCAGAAAGCAAGUAGAGAGAAGCCGUGUGGACCCCACCAAGCUCGUUAUUACCUACGCUUUCGACCACAACCACCAACUCCCGGCCACCAAAUCUCACCACCACCACCACAAUUCCUCGCCGUCCUCCGCCGCGAUCGCCGCUGCACCCGACUCCUCAUCCCCGGGAAGCACUACGACGUCGUCGUCAACUUCCUCCGGCGACCAUACGAACACCGAUCCCUCAUUUCCGGCGGCGGCGAAGUUCGAGGAGGCGGCUGCGGUUUUUGCGAGUCAGCCAGAACUAGAACUCGGCGGCGACUCGCUGAUGAUAAAACCAUGCAUCGGCGAUUUUGGAUGGUUGGCUGACGUGGCAUACGAUAGAAUCCUGGAGGGCCCAAUUUGCGGGGGAGGCGACAUAUUCGACGACGCCGAUGUAAUGGUUUUGUCCACAAGAGGAGAUGACGAGGACGAAUCGUUAUUUGCUGACCUUGGGGAGUUACCCGAAGGCUCUAUGGUUUUCGGGCGACGGCGAGCGGUCCAACUGGACGGACCGAACCGGACAUGUGGCAGAAUAUUAGACUGCUAGGAUUUUUUUAGGCUUUAGUUCGUUUGUUUUACAGGAACAAGACCGACACUUUCUUUCGCUUUUAUAGCUCCACUUGGCAAUUGCCAAUUGGUCAUUGCUUUGGACACUUUACAAACAGAGAAGAAGAGAGAGAGAGAGAGAG